AUGAAAAUUUGCAGAGUUGUUUUGGUUGCCAUCGCUUCUGCGAGUUCAGGACCCUUGGCUGAAACUGGACUUGAGAACAAUGCUCAAACUUCACCAACAAAGCUGAGGAAACAAGCUCACAUAUUCUUCGAGCCAAAUUACUCAAUGAAGAUGUUAACAAAGGAGCAGCCAAGUUUAGCCAUGACUAAAUCUAAAUUGACUCGGAUCAUAUAUCUGGCUUUAAUAGGCAAUGAUGUUAGCUUUGUUUUGAAGUGGUUCCUUCUUGAGUGGCUGCAACUAGAUAUUUGUGGGAGUUUUGAUGUUUUUCCUGCUGUGGUAAUUAAUAUAGUUAGAAGUGAUGGGGUCAUUGAACUUGGAAAAGUUGUUGGGACAGUUGUAGAUCCGAACAAGGAGGAUGUUAGAAGCAAGGUUGAUUUUCUCAUGGAUGAUGUUUUAGCUAUGGAGAAUGAUGGGAUUCAAAUCAGAUUCGAUAUCAGAGGAGAGUCUGGGACUUUUGCUGCUAGAAUGGCCAAGAGGAAUGUCACUGUCAUAACUAACACCUUGAAUCUCGAUGCACCGCAUAGAGAAUUCAUUGUUGCAAGAGGACUUUUCCCUUUGUUUUUGAGCUUGAACCAAGGGAGCUCCCCGUCGCAUGUAGGGAUGCGUGGAGGCUCCGACGGAGAUGCGAUCAGCGUUUUUGCGUCCUCAAAUAUUUGGAUUGAUCAUUGCUAUCUCAUGCGUUCUAGGGAUGGUCUUAUCGAUGUGAUUCAUGCUUCAACUACCGUCACGAUCUCUAAUAACUAUUUCUCUCAACAUGAUAAAAUGAUGCUGUUAGGACACAGAGACACGUUCACUGCUGACAAAGUCAUGAAAGUUACGAUAGUUUUUAACCGAUUCGGCGAGGGACUUAUUGAGAGGAUGCCGAGGGUCAGGAUAGGAUAUGCACAUGUUGCUAACAGCAGAUACGAUGAAUGGAAGAUGUAUGCAAUAGGCGGCAGUGCAAAUCCGACCAUUUUCAGCGAGGGGAACUACUUUGUGGCGCCCGAUAAUCCUAGCAACAAACAGGUUACCAAGAGAGAAGCAAGCAAUUGGCAAAAUUGGAGAUGGCAGUCGUCAAAGGAUGUCUUUACGAAUGGUGCGUAUUUCGUUUCGUCUGGCUACGGAAGUUGUGCUCCUCUUUAUACUUGGGCUCAAUCCUUCACUACCGCCCCAGGAUACAUGGUCCCUGUUUUAACAUCAAAUGCUGGCCCUUUACGUUGUGUCGUUGGAAAACCAUGCUAA